CCCAUCGUGAAUCGGCUCAAGUCAAAAGUCAAAGUUGCUUUCCCUUUCCAUUUUUUAAUUCUUGAGCUUGACAACCAAAAAUAGCUGUUUUUAUUGGGAUUCGUCAAAAAAAAAAAUAAAAAAAAAAUAUUUGCUGUUUGUGCUCUGUGCCCGUCUAAAGUGCUAAUUCGUUGAAUUCCGUCUAUUCGAAUUUCCAUUAUUUAUAGGAAAGGAUAUGAAAAUGCCACCCAAUAAAGGUAGCGACAAUGGAAUCUUUGAAUAUGAGGAAAACUCUUUGUCCAUCAACAGUGAGGAAAUCGAAAAUAAUGGGGUGGAAGAUUUCAAUUCGCCCCCAGAUGAUGAUUUUUCUGAGUACCUGUGGAUGGAGAAUGAAGAAGAAUUUGACAAAGAGGUAAUGCAACGACUAGAAGAAGAAGCUUUAAUGGAAGAGUGCAUCGCCUACAUGAAUACUGAGAACACUUCUCCCACCUUCUACCCAAGUACUGGGCAAGGGUCAGCUGAAUCCAGUCCGGCUGUCACUUCAGAACUCAAUCCAGAGGCAGCUGAAUUCGUUCCUUCUAGCCAAAUGGAACGAGUCCCAGCGGAAACAUCCACUUCAACAAAGUCCCCUUAAAAAGUCUGGUCUCAUCUUGAUGUAUAUAUUUGUUCGGUUCUUGACACUUGAUUCGAAUAGGAUCCCUUUAUCUACUUCAUGGUUAUUUUAUAUCAUUUUAAGAUCUCAGCCCGUCCUAUUUCUAUAGAUACCUAAAUUACAAUUAUAUUUUAUUGGUAAUAAUAUUGAUUAUAUCAUUUAAUGAGCUAUUAUGAUGGCCAUAUUACAAUUUCGAAAUAAAAAGACAAAUUAAUAUACUUAAGACAGUUAUUAAAAUACUCGUUAAAAUAAAAUGAUAUAAAAUACCCAGGUAUGGCAUGAGCUAUGAUGUUUGACACUAAGUUCAAUUCUACUGUUUGUUUAUUUGAAAAUAAUUACCCAGGAAUAAGGAUGACAUAAUGAAAGUUUCAUGACAUUCAAUUUGGCAGGAAGUAUAAGUUAUCAGAAUCAUUUUCAACAUUUUUGGUUGAUCUUGCCAUCCAGUUUGAUUUAAUUUUUGUACAAAUUGUUAUACUUUUAUCUUGGGUAAUUAGUGAGUUAGCUGUAUUUUGAGAAUUGGCAUAAUUUAUAAUAUGUACUUACCUACUUAUUUUUUUAUUCAAAAUAUUUUGCCGUUGCUUACAGAUCACGUAGUUUAUAAGUUAUGCCAAGUGAAUAUUCUUGUAGUUGAUAAAGUUUCCUUUUCGGUUUUACUACAAGAGUAUUUUUCUCGAGUUUGAGCUUUUCUUCGAUUUGGUUACACUUUUUGUAAUUUUCAACUACAGUAGGUAAUAUACCCAGUUGUAAUGUUUAAGUCCCAAAGUAAUUUAACCAGUAUGAUAUUACACCAUUGAGAUUAUUUUUACACCCUUGAGACUUGGGAUUAUUUUCUGCAUAUUAAACUAUGACUAGUAAAGUACAUUUCUAGUGACAUUCUAGUCUUUUUUAUAUUUUCUCCUAAAAUUAACGAACUUAGUAAGUAGUUAGUCUUUCAUUUAGUUUUUUUUUCUAAUAUUUUGCAACCUUUCUGAAGGUUUAAUAGGUGCUAGAACUAGAAAAAAAACUUCAAAUACAGAGGUUGUCUAUAAAAAAUGCCAACAAAAAAAAUAAUUUUAAUUUGUUUUCAAUUUAUUUAUUUAAAUUAAUUUAUAAGCUGUUAUAAAACUGCCAAUUCUUAACUGUCACCACUCUUGAAACCUAUGAUUAUACAUACUUGAAAUGUGUUUUGAAAAUGCAAUAAGAAGAUGUCCUAUUAUUGAAAAAAAUGUCAAAAUCUUAUAUUAUUCGCUUUGCCCCAUUUUUUUGUUAGCCUUUGUAAAAGGUACAUUAGGUCUGUUUGUUAUCCUCCAUUAGUGCACAACAGUUUACACUUUUCUGCACUGAGGCGUUUGUUAUGCGGUUAGUGCAAAUUGUGUAAGGCGUUUGUUAUUUCAGUGUAGGGUGCCCAAUCUUGUUUUACUUACACCUGCUCAAGAGAAGGUGUAACAAGUGCAGAAUAGCGAGGGGGUAAUAACUACUUCAAUGAUGCUGUCUUCAGAGCUGGAAAAUAGGGAAUCUUCAUCUUCCUCUAUCAUUUCCGACAAUUAAACCUUGUAAAUUUUAGUUUUUUCAUUAAUAUUACACAUUUUUUUCUUGGUCAGUUUCCACAAUUUACUGAAUAAUAAUUUUUUGAGGUUAGAGAAUUAUCCACUCCUAUCGCUGCACGAACUGCACUAGCAGUCUUCACUAACCUAUCCUACACGGGAAUAACAAACAGACAUAUUAUAUUAGUAUUGUAAGUGAAAUUAUAUUAUUUGUAUUAUAAGUAAAAACAUACAACUUUGGUAUUUUAAGGUUUUUUUUGUGUCAAUAAGCAGAGUGCAAAAUAUUUUAAAACCCUGCACAACAUACAUACCUAGAUACAUAUAGACCUGUUUGGUAAUUGAAAAUAUUCUAGACAAAAUUUUAGUGCUUAACAAUAGCAGUAUUAGUUAAAUUUUGUGAACUAAAUAAAUUUUUCAAUCAAGGUAUACUAGGUUUCAAAUUACUAUAUUGUUUGACUUUAUUAACAUAAUUCAUCUACCUUAUUGAAUUACAUUGUUCCAAAAUCCUCAAAGGUCUCAAAAUGCACCCAGGAGCGGACUUUACUUGCAUCUUUAAGGUAGGUGGAUUGAUUUUUAUCAAAACCGUAAGAAGUCGGUGGAGCGGUGGAGCUAAUAGAAUUGUAAUAUAAUUGAUGUCUUUUAUGGACAAAAUGAAAAUAUUACACUAGUAGUGAUGAAAAAAUUAGGGAAACGCAGAAAAGUAAUUCAUAGUAUCAACUGUCUAAAUAAUAAAAAAGAUCAAACAGAAGCAUUAUGGUAACUGAGAGAUGUGAUGAAUACUUUUGAUUCAACUAUUUGCUAAAUAUUCUCUAGGUUAUGUAGUAUGAAACGCAACAAUUUCUCUCACAUUCACAUAGCUGACUAUACCCAAAUGAGCGUUCCAUAGCCGAGCGUGACGGCUCGGUUUCACCCAAUGCCAAUAAAAAAGUGUGCUGUACGCGCCUGAAGAAGUUUUCACCUCAAAAGAGAUUGUAACAAUACAUAUUUGCGGCAUAUUAUAUAGUCAUGAGCAUUAAAAGAGAAAAAUACAACAGAUUAUGAUAAAUGUGAAUACAACUACUCAAAGGAAAGUACCUACGUACCGCAAUAACCUUGGGACGCUCCCGAAAAAACAAAAUCAGCAUAACGUAAGUCAAGGCUGGUAAAGAGCAAAAUAAAGAAAAGACAGGAAGUACACAAAUGGUUCAAUAUCAGCAAAAACCUCAAACAAGGAUAACUAUCAAAUGAUCUCCUAUUAUACACACUGUGCUUCGCAGACGAUCAAGUAGUCCUUUGGGUCUCAUUUAGGUAUUGGCCCAUCUUUGCAGCACCUGAAAAAGUUUAUUUCUGUAUAAAACUGUAAGACUAUUAAAGCAACGCACCAAAACUAGAAAUAAUUGCAAGCCCAAUCUGCAUUUAAUUUACAAAGACCCACAGGAACUGCCACAUUGUUACCAUUGUGGUUGUUGCUGCGGAUUCUCAUUUUGUCUAUUACUGCGUAGUAACGUUUGGACUUCAUUAAUUUGUGAAAAUUAGUAUAUGUGAAUUUGAAUUUAUGGUGCAAAUUGAAACUUAUUUUUUAUCUUUUUUUUUUUUUUUAAUUUGUUUAUUUGCUUUGUUUUUUUAUUACAAAAUAAUGGGAUAUGGCUAGGUGGAAGAACAGAAAUUCAUUUGCUUUUUGGUUUGGCUCUCUUGACUCUCAAGGACCUAAUUCGGAUUAUAUUUGGUGCAAAAACAAAUAUUGUAAAAAUGCAUUAAAAAAAUCAAUAUAAAUACUUUAAAAAU